GUCACCUGACCUGAUGAGACAGCAGCGAGCUCACACUGGGGAGAUGCUGCUCACCUGCUCUGAGUGCGGGAAGGGAUUCACUCAGUCAUCCAGCCUGAUGAGACACCAGCGCGUUCAUACUGGGGAGAAGCCGUUCGCCUGCUCUGACUGUGGUAGAAAAUUCACUCAGUCAUUCAGCUUAAUGAGACACCAGCGGGUUCACACUGGAGAGAAGCCGUUCAAUUGCUCUGAGUGUGGGAAGGGGUUCACUCAGUCGUCCAACCUGCUUUUGCACCAGCGAGUUCACACUGGGGAGAGGCCGUACACCUGCUCCGACUGUGGGAAGGGAUUCACUCAUUCAUCUGACCUACUGACACACCAGCGAAUUCACACUGGGGAGAGGCCCUUCAUCUGUUUUGAGUGUGGGAAGGGAUUCACUCGGUCAGCUAACCUGCUGACGCACCAGCACAUUCACACUGGAGAGAGGCCGUUCACCUGCUUUGAGUGUGGGAAGGGAUUCAGUCAGUCAACUGACCUUUUGACGCACCAGCGAGUUCACACCGGGGAGAGGCCGUUCACUUGCUUUGAGUGUGGGAAGGGAUUCAUUCGGACAUCUGACCUGCUGACACACCAGCGAGUUCACACCGGGGAGCGGCCAUUCACCUGCUCCCUGUGUGGUGUGGGAUUUGCCCGGUCAUCCAAUCUGACGAGACACCAGCGGGUUCACACUGGGGAGAGGCCGUUCACGUGUACUGAGUGUGGGAAGGGAUUCACUCGGUCAUCUCACCUGCUGAGACACCAGCAGGUUCACACUGAGGAGAAAGAGUAAACGUGAUGUAUGUGGGAUCUUUAAACAUUGCAGCUGCUGCAACAACACCAACAAGCUCAGAUGUAUCUGCAGCAGUUGGAUACUGCAGUUACCACAGCUGUUGAUCGCUCCUCUGGGCUGGUUACUCGCUGCACCUGUGAUUUCAGCCUCUGAUUUUGCUAACCCUGUGAUUGUGCUGGAUUUGGUUCUGGUCCUAUGCCGAAUAAAGCAGUUCUGUUCAA